UUAAAGUGUGACUACUUCCGCUGGUACCCACGUUUUUACCCCUCUACGGACUAAAAACCCCACAUUCCCAGCUAAAAUAGACGGCUUUACAUCCUAAAAUGAGACCGUUAACUGAGGAGGAGACAAAAACGAUGUUUGAGAAGCUAUCAAAGUACAUAGGGGAAAACAUUAAGCUUCUCGUUGACCGACCCGAUGGCACCUAUUGCUUCAGGCUACAUCAAGACCGUGUAUACUACAUGAGCGAGAAAAUUCUCAAGUUGACCACAAACUUUUCCAGAGACAAACUUAUUUCGGUGGGAACAUGCUUUGGAAAAUUCACAAAGACCAAGAAGUUCCGCCUGCACAUCACAGCUCUGGACUUCCUGGCUCCCUAUGCAAAGUUCAAGGUGUGGGUGAAACCUGGAGCAGAGCAGUCUUUCUUGUACGGGAACCAUGUGCUGAAGUCUGGCCUCGGUAGAAUUACUGAAAACACGAUGCAGUAUCAAGGAGUUGUGGUUUACUCCAUGGCUGAUGUACCUUUGGGUUUUGGAGUAGCAGCCAAGUCCACACAGGAAUGUCGGCGAGUAGAUCCCAUGUCCAUCGUUGUGUUCCACCAGGCCGACGUGGGGGAGUUCAUCAGGAGCGAGGACACGCUGACAUAAACUCCCUGCAUCUGGAUGGACAGUUUUUCAUUUUCUCAUUUAGAAAUGUGGGUCCAGAACAGCUGGAGGUCACAGCCCCUCGUUUUGCCCACGUGACAUUUCACUGUGACUUGGCGGGAUGAGAGCGUCGCCUUCUUCUUGCUGUGGGAUCCACAUCUGGAGAAUAUUUUUCUGCAGUCCCACAACGCCGAUAUGUUUCUAUUGAGUUAUUUUUAUAUUGCAAACCUGGAAUAUGUGGAGUCUUUUAUGGAUUCCUUUAAAAAAAAUCACCAAAUCGAAGGUGGUGGUGCUGUUUUUUUUUCCCUCUAAAUGUUUUUCUCUUAAUAAACCAAUUAUCCUACUCUUGCAG